CAUUAUGAUGAAACAGACUCGGUUUUUGAGAUGAACCGGGAACCGUCACCCCCGCAGAAUGGUUCCAACCGGCGCCAUGUGAUGACAUUCGUGUUCGAGCGGGUGUUUUUCGAAGUUCUACUGGCGGAAAGAAAACAAACAAACAACCAGACAGGUUUGUUUGGAAGGACAAGCCGAGUGUGCGGUUUUACUGUGAGUCCAGCAGCAGCAGGUAUUAUGUCCUCGGCGGGGAGAUGAACUGGGAUCAACUGGAGCUCAGUCCGAGGAUCUUAGCCGCCGUGAGGAGAGCUAAACUGAAGUCUGUCAAGGAGGUGUUGUGUCUUUCGAGUCUGGACCUGCAGACACUCACUGGUCUGUCCCUGUCUGACGUCCAGCAGCUGCUCACCGCCGCCGCCACCACCUGCAGGAGACACCCUCCAGUCACAGCCCUCCAGCUGCAGCGGGGGGAAUGUCCCAGCAUCGAAUCCGGCCUCAGACUUAGUGUGGGCUGUCCAGUGCUGGACCAGCUGCUGCGGGGGGGUCUGCCUGCGGGGGUCAUCACAGAGCUGUCAGGAGAAAGUGGCGCAGGGAAGACUCAGCUGGCCCUGCAGCUCUGUCUGUCUGUACAGUAUCCGAAAGAGCACGGAGGACUGAACUCAGGAGCGCUUUAUAUCUGCACCGAGGACUCAUUUCCUAUCAAGCGCCUGCAGCAGCUGAUCAGAGAACAGCCCAGUCUGCGCUCCGACGUCCCUCCGUCUCUGAUCAGCAGCCUCCAUUUCAGCAACAACAUUUACAUUGAACACACUGCCGACCUUGACUCCCUCCAGGUGUGUCUGUCCCGCCGUGCCCCUCUCCUGCUGGCUCAGGGUCUGGUCCGGCUCCUGGUGGUGGACUCGGUGGCGGCUCUGUUCAGGUCUGAGUUCCAGGCUGAUGAUUGGCUGGAGAGGAACAGACAGCUGCUGACAUUCUCCUCUGCACUGCACCACCUAAGCCAGGAGUUCACCACACCUGUCCUCUGCAUCAACCAGGUCACAGAUGUUUUCAACCAAUCAGACAACAGUUUGGGUCCUUCAUCCUCCAGCGUGUCCCCUGCUCUGGGUUUGGCCUGGGCCAAUCAGGUGAUGGUUCGGUUGAUAUUGCGACGUCUCCGGGAGGCGGUAACCCGUGGCGACCAGAGCAGCAUCCUUCGCAGGUUAGAAGUGGCGUUUGCUCCUCACCUGCCCCGAGACGGACGAGAUGCUGCUGUCUGGAGGGAGGGCAUGAGAGGAGUCCUGAACUCUGACUGACUGUAAAUACAGAAACAAACUUUAUUUAAAUAUUGUCUGCACAACAGCCUAUUCAAAUGAUUAUAUUAUUUACACUAUGUGGGCAAUUGUAUAUGGUCAUUCUAAUAUGCUUUCUUGUUCACAAAGCUAAGCUCAGGUUUAAUGCGGAAGUUUUAUUUUGGUGGUUAUGAAUUAGAUCAUUUUGUUUUAUGCACUUUUCACAAAAUGAAGAGUGUCCAGAAAUAUGUGAACAUCGGUAAUCUUUACUGCAGCUGAUGGGAUGUUUAUGCUCUGAAUGCAUUAUUAUUACUGGUUGUCAACUUCUCAUAUAGUUAAACAGCAGCUCAAGUCAUAGGUUUACUCACUGGAUUUUUGUAGAGCUGUCAACCAGACCUCACUGACGUCAUCAGCAGUGAGAGCUAUAAUUAUUAGCAAGUUCUUUUGAUUUGUCACGGCUGAAAAAACAUAUUUUUUUACAUUUUUAAAUGUAAAGGCAGUUAUAUUCUUUUGUACUGCCUGUCCCUCCUCCACAUCUUCAUAUAAAACAACAUGACAAAAACUCCAUCAUGUUUUUGACAGUGCGCCUGCGCGGCUCCACUUCUGUAAAGAUGGACAACAUCAACCGGCAUCAAAUGUUUUUGUUUCAAUCAAAAUAAAAGCGUAGAAAGAGCGAACAAUUUGUCACAAUUCUGAUCUGCUGAUUUAACUAUUUAUUUAACAUAGAAAUACCUGGUCAGUGAGAUGUGAGAAUUUUUAAAAUGACAUGUUUACAGAUGUUUCAUCCCUUGCAGUCUAAAUAUGAAACAUCUGAAAUGGAAGCUGUUGUCUUCAUAUUUCUUUCUCCUGUGUUUGAGUAUUUGUCAAUCUUCUCAAUGUGUUAUUGUAGUUUAAGAAGGACUGGUGUAAAAAAGAAGACUGAAACGUGAACAGAGAACGCAGAAAGUAGGUUACCCUAUUAUAACUGAUACAUAUGUCUGAUAAAAUUUUAAUAAAUCAGUACCGGAUUAAA